CACAUUGCUGAGCUUUUUUUCCCUCUCUCACCGGAAACCAAGUCAUCGAAAACAUUCACUCUCCACCUUCCUUCCCUUCUCCUUCCUUCUUGAUCUCCAUCCCAUGAAACCCUAAUCCUAGCUCUAAUCCUGCAAAUGCCCGUUCCUGCUGUGGCGAAGGAGCAGUGUGAGGACGAACAACGGCCGGCGAUCCAUGUUUCAUCGACAGAAACGCUCACGGGCGCUGAUCCUUGCCCUUCUCUGCGUCUCCGUCUUCGCCCCCGUCGUCUUCAUCUCCACCAAGAUCUUGGAUUUCACGCCCUCCCUCGAGAAAGAGGAGUUCUUUGAUGACUCAUCUGGGAUCGUGAGGAGUUUCUCUCCGCCAAAGCUAUCUGCUGAUUCUCUGAAAGUUAAUUCAAUAAAAGAGGAUUUAGGCCAUGGAUUAAAAGAACCUGAAGGAUUUGUUUUCAAGGAUAAGGAUUUUCAUAAUAUUGGCAGUAGCGGGAAUGCUUCUACUGUGAAUCCACCCACUUUGGAUGGCAAAUUGAAUGCAGGUGUCCAGAAUAGAAAUGGCAUUGGCAGAGAGCUGCAGAAGCAAAAUGGAUCAGCAUCUGUUCGAGACAGAGUUGAAGGUCUAGCUAAUGAGUCAACUGUUGAGCAAAAAAACAAACGUCAACCUCACCCAGUUAUAGAUGAGAAGGUUAAAACGAUGGAGGAUAUGCUAAUUAUGGCCAAAGCGUACCUGCAUUUUGCCCCAGCAAGCAGCAAUUCCCGAUUGGUGAGAGAACUGAAGUUACGGAUAAAGGAGAUAGAAAGGGUGGUUAGUCAAGCAAACAAAGAUUCCGAUUUAUCUAGGAGUGCUCUGCAGAAAAUGAACGCCAUGGAAGUUUCUUUGUCUAAAGCCAGCAAGGCUUACCCUGAUUGCUCUGCUAUGGCAUCAAAAUUGCGUGCUAUGACGUACAAUACUGAGGAACAGCUCUGGGCCCAGAAGGGUCAAGUAUCAUAUCUUACACAGCUUGCUGCAAGAACCUUUCCUAAAGGCCUUCACUGUCUUUCCAUGAAACUCACUAGCGAGUACUUCAGUCUGCAGUUUGAGGAGCGUGAGUUCCCUAGGAGACAAAAUGUGCAAAAUCUGAAUCUUAAUCAUUAUGCAAUUUUCUCUGACAACAUACUUGCUUGUGCAGUUGUUGUGAAUUCUACUGUCUCUACAUCUAAGGAACCAGAAAAGAAUGUCUUCCAUGUGGUGACUGAUUCUGUAAAUUUUCCUGCAAUGAUGAUGUGGUUCUUGCUGAACCCCCCUGGUCAAGCCACAAUUCAUAUACAGAAUUUUGAAGAUUUAAAAUUUUUGCCAUCUGAUUACAGUUCAAUGUUAAAGCAACAAGGCUUGCGAGACCCAAGAUUCUCUUCACCUCUUAACCAUCUUCGUUUCUACUUGCCAGAGAUCUUCCCUUAUCUGAAUAAGAUUUUGUUUCUCGACCAUGAUGUGGUAGUUCAAAGAGAUCUGAGAGGGUUGUGGAAUUUAGAUUUGAAAGGAAAAGUAAAUGGAGCAGUCGACAUUUGUAGAGGGGAGUCAUCUCAUCGUUUGGAAACACUAGUUAAUUUCUCAGAUCCAAUUAUUGCAAAGAACUUUCACCCCAAGAAAUGUAUAUGGGCAUUUGGAAUGAAUAUGUUUGAUCUACAGGCAUGGCGUCGACAUGGGUUAUCAAGAGUAUAUAACAAAUGGCUUCAGCUGGGGAAACGAAGGCAGUUAUGGAAGGCGGGAAGUUUACCAUUAGGCCAACUUAUCUUCUACAACCAAACAGUGGCUCUCGGCAGGCAGUGGCACGUACUUGGUCUUGGCCUUGAUUCAAUCAUCGGAAAAAGUGAAAUUGAGAGAGCUUCAGUCAUACACUAUGACGGAAACUUGAAGCCGUGGCUUGACAUUGCUAUUGGAAAGUACAAAAGUUACUGGACAAAAUUCCUGGAUUACGACAACACAUACUUUCAACAAUGCAACAUUCAUGGAUAGUAAUAAUUGGCAGCGGUUGACGAUAACGUACUCUUGCAUCGAUUGAUUUUUAAGUGUUUGAUACCGUCAGCUUCGCUGGUUUCCUCAUGAUCUCUCAUGUAAAUUCACCUUGAAAAUUCACCCAUUUUUUCAUUGCCUCAUAGUCUUCAUAUAGUUCAGUAUUUUUCAACUAACCCACUACUAAUAAGAGUUGUCUGUGGGUGAUUGUUAGCCAAAUUUGUUGUGGGACAAUAUUGUUCAAUUAGUUUGAUGUUCAUUAAUGGAUCAAACUAAAAACAAUUAGGAACAUUCUUGUGUCUGUCUUGAGGUCAAAUUUCUAUGUUUUUUUUCCUGAAAUUUCUUGUCCAGAUCCAGUGUAUUUCAAGAUGAAUGUUUCAGACGGGUGUUGAU